UUUAAAGUGCGUGAAGUUGGCGCAAAAUUGACGUUUGUUAUGGCAUCCGGAUGGUGCGUAAAACUCAAACGAAAUCACCUGGCAAAAAAUCAAGAAAAAGUGACCCCGACAUUUCGAGAAACGAUGUGAUGUUCACAACGUACACAGAGACAUCUGUCCACAAGCGAAACCUAUGCAUCGUUUCAUUUCCGAUAAUUUUUUUGUUCAACAUUUUGCGCACAUUGCUGUACCAAAUCUUUGUUAUCCUUCGUUUCGUGUAUUGUAGUUCGUCGAAUUAUCUAAUAAAGAAACGUCAGUUUGGAUGUGAAAGUGACCAACAAGUUGCAACUUGUGUCAUUGAAGAAAUCACCGAAAUGACUCACGCCCAAAGAGUCACAGGGCCGGGGCCAGGCGACCCCCUUUUAGCCAAACAGAAGCACCAUCACCGCCGAGCCUUCGAGUACAUCUCCAAGGCGCUCAAAAUCGAUGAGGAGAAUGAAGGUCAGAAGGAUUUGGCUAUUGAGUUGUACAGGAAAGGUAUCACAGAACUGGAAUUGGGGAUUGCGGUGCAGUGUUGGGGCGGCCGCGGAGAAGUGUGGGAAAGGGCCCAACGCCUUCACGAGAAGAUGAAAACCAAUCUUGCCAUGGCAAAAGACAGGCUGCAGUUUUUGGAAAGCAUGGAUAUGUUACAUCGACAGGAUGUUCAAAAAGAACCAAAAGAGGCUCCUAAACUUAGCUACACUAGCAAUAUUCCUACUCCCAAACUUUGUUUUAACAAAGCUUCUGGCAAGAAACUGUCAGUGGCUGGUAAACGCCCCCCUAACGCAACCCUGGCGAAAAGUCAAACUUUGCCCCGUUCGAUGGGGUCCCGUUCAGCACCUAUUCAGCCCGUCCGCCCCUUCAAUAAGCUCUCGUCGACUCCUCCUGCCGUCAAAAAACAACUGUCGGUGCCGGGUACCACAGGCUCUCCUGCUCGAAAAACAACUUCAAUAGCAACUUCGAGUAAAUCAACAUCGCGGGGUGGCAAAUCGCCUAAUUUGAGAGGCGUUGAUACAAAACUAGCUCAAUGCAUUAUUGACGAGAUCGUAGAAGGGGGUCUGCAAGUCCAAUGGGACGACAUCGUGGGUCAGGAUGCUGCCAAACAAGCGUUACAAGAAAUGGUAAUCUUGCCGUCGCUGCGACCUGAACUGUUCACGGGCUUGCGGACCCCAGCGAGAGGUUUGCUCCUGUUCGGGCCUCCAGGAAACGGGAAAACUUUACUCGCGAGGGCUGUGGCAACGGAAUGUCGGGCAACUUUUUUCUCAAUUAGUGCUGCAAGUCUCACUUCGAAAUACGUGGGCGAUGGUGAAAAAAUGGUUAGGGCCCUUUUCGCCGUCGCUCGGGAGUUGCAACCUUCGAUUAUUUUUAUCGAUGAAGUCGAUUCGCUUCUCUCUGAACGUUCAAAUAACGAGCAUGAGGCUAGUCGCAGGCUGAAAACUGAAUUUCUAGUCGAAUUCGAUGGGUUGCCAAGCAACCCCGACAGUGAACGAGUCGUAGUGAUGGCGGCUACCAACCGCCCUCAGGAACUAGACGAAGCGGCUCUCCGUAGGUUCCCGAAGCGCGUCUACGUCACACUCCCCGAUCUUGAGACUCGUAUCCGAUUGUUUAAAAUGUUGUUGGCAAAACAGGGUUGCACACUCACGCAACAAGAACUGAAACGAUUGGCGACACUCACUGAAGGAUACUCGGCUAGUGAUUUGACAGCCCUAGCGAAAGAUGCCGCUUUGGGACCAAUUCGGGAGUUGCAGCCGGAACAAGUGAAGGAGAUGGAUCCCAAUGCGUUGAGGAGUAUCACCAUUAAUGAUUUUUUGGAUUCGUUGAAACGGAUCAGGAGGAGUGUCUCGCCACAGAGCUUGGUGGCGUACGAGAAGUGGUCGUUGCAGUACGGAGACAUGUCUAUUUAACCAUUCCGCUUUUACUUUGGUGACUUUUCGUUUUAAUCUGUGAUAUUAACUGUAUUUUUGUUUGAAAUUUUGCUGCCUGUUGAUUUUGUUGUCUUGUUUCAUAGUACAAAAGAGUUUCUCUUUUUUGAGCCGAAAUGACGUAUGAAAAUACUAAAAGUAAUGUAGUCCAUUAGAUUAGGAGUGUUUUUAAGAGUUUGUGUUUAUUAGCACGUUUUUAUUACCAUAAUUUUAUAUUUUUUUUGAAGUUGUACACUUGGAAGUGU